AUGGCCUCCCUUAGUGCAGCCAAUGCAGAGUUUUGCUUCAACUUAUUCCGCGAGAUGGACAACAACCAGGGGAGUGGCAAUGUCUUCUUCUCCUCUCUCAGCAUCUUCACAGCGCUGGCGCUGAUCCGCCUGGGGGCUCGAGGGGACUGUGCAUCUCAGCUGGAUCAGCCAGGACUCCAAGCUCAACUGAAAAGACUCCUCUACGAAAUAAACUCAUCCCACAAGGGUUAUGAGCUCAGCAUUGCCAAUGGUGUUUUUGCAGAAAAGGUGUUUGAUAUUCAUAAGAACUACAUCGAUUGUGCCGAAAGUUUAUACAAUGCCAAAGUGGAACGGGUUGACUUUACAAAUGAUGUAGAAAACACCAGACAUCAAAUAAAUCAGUGGAUUCAAAAGAAUACACAUGGCAAAAUCAAGAACAUCUUGCAGGAAGGCAGCAUCAGCUCCUCUGCUGUGCUGGUGCUGGUGAAUGCUGUGUAUUUCAAAGGCAGGUGGGAGUCAGCGUUCUCCAAGAGUGAGACCAUUAUGGGCCAUUUCCGGUCUCCAAAGUGCGCUGGCAAAGAAGUCCCCCUGAUGCACCAAGAACAGAAGUUCAAUCUGUCCGUCAUUCAGGACCCACCCAUGAAGGUCCUGGAGCUCAAAUAUAAUGGGGGCAUAAGCAUGUACAUCCUACUGCCCAACAAUGACAUAGCUCAAAUUGAAAAUAAACUGACCUUUCGGAAUCUAAUGGACUGGACCAACCCAAGAAAAAUGAAGUUUCAAUAUGUUGAAGUGUUUCUUCCACAGUUCAAGAUAGAGAAAAACUAUGAAAUCAAAAACUAUUUAAAAGCUCUAGGGCUGAAAGAUGUCUUUGAUGAGUCCAAAGCAGAUCUCUCGGGGAUAGCUGCAGGUGGCCGUCUGUAUCUGUCGAAGCUGGCACACAAGUCCUACAUAGAGGUCUCCGAGGAGGGCACCGAGGCAGCCAGUACAACGGGGACGAACAUUGUAGAGAAGCAGCUCCCUGAGUCUACAGUGUUUAGAGUAGAUCGCCCAUUCUUGUUUUUUAUCAGGAAGAGAAACCUGAUCCUGUUUAGUGGCAAAGUCUCUUGCCCUUGA